AGUACAUAGGUUAUUUGACCUUGUGUUAAGUUUAAGUUGGGAUGGGGGGUUAGGCAGCUAGAGGAGCAGUGCGGUAACCGAACACUUUCGGUUCGCUACUCUGGUUUAGCCCCAUCCUGUGCUAGCGGUGGCUUGCUAACACUAACACUAACGACCUCUCAGACCACUCCCAAGUGGCCCGUACCGGCCCAUUUAUCCCGUGAAAGUGUAAUCAGUUACGUGGUAAUGUUGCGAAACUGAUGUAGUAACACUGGCAGCCAACGUACUUCUGUAUCUCCGGUAGGCCUUGCUUUUUUUUUUGUUAAAUAUAGUUUUUGUGGCUAACAGCUAACAAGGGGAUACCUAGUUAGCUCGCUUUUGAAACUACUGUGGUCGAUGUUUUCUCAUGGAGGAUUUGUACAGUUAUUAGUCAAGAGGAUUUACGAGUGGGCAAGGACAGACCAGAGGAGGUACUCGCUUAGCUUCUUCACCAUGGGGAACACCUGCAGUAACCAUCUUGGGAUCCCUCCAGCCAAGGGCCCCAAUGCUGUGGGGUGUACUGACUUCAUGAUGGACCACACUGCACAGGGCACCUUCUUCCGGCUCUACUAUCCUUGUCAAGAGACUGAGAAGGCAGAAAAACCAGACUGGGUUCCAAGCAGAGAGUAUUUUAACGGUCUGGCAGACUUCAUGAAAAUCAACAGGACUCUCAGUGAAAGGAUUUUCAGCUACCUCUUUGGGCCCUUUAAGAUCCCAGCCUACCUGGAUGCUCCAUUCAAAUCCAGUGGGAAAUGUCCUGUAGUGAUCUUCUCCCAUGGUCUGGGAGCCUUUAGGACUUUGUAUUCAGCUAUAUGUGCAGAGCUGGCCUCUCAGGGAUUCAUUGUGGCGUCUGUAGAACACAGAGACCAGUCAGCCUCAGCCACGUUUUAUUUUCGAGAGAAGACAGAGUCAGAGAAGGCAAAUGGGAAAAUGGCUAAAACACAAGACUCAACCCAAGAUGACUUGGUGAAGGUGUGGAUGUACUACAGAGCUCUGCACCACGGCGAGAGUGAAUUCCCCCUCAGAAGUAAACAGGUGAAGCAGAGGGCAGAUGAAUGUAUCAUGGCUCUGGAUAAACUCACUGAAAUCAACUCAGGGAUACCGGCGCAAAAUGUUUUGCGAACACAGUUUGACUGGACGACGCUGGAGAACUCCAUGGAUCUGUGUAGGAUAGCAGCGAUGGGCCAUUCCUUUGGGGGAGCAACAGUGAUUGAAGCUCUGUGCAAGGAGGUUAAAUUCAAAUGUGGCAUCGCGCUGGACGCCUGGAUGUUUCCUUUAGAUGACGAGACCUUUCCUCGAGUGAAGCAGCCGAUCUUCUUCAUCAACUCAGAGAAGUUCCAGUGGGCAGGGAACAUCAGCCGCAUGAAGAAGCUGGACUCGGCCGUCAUACAGAGGAAAAUGAUCACCAUCAGAGGUACAGUCCACCAGAGUUUCCCUGACUUCACCUUCCUGACGGGCAAUUGGAUUGGCAAACUGAUGAAGCUGAAGGGAGAGAUCGACCCAGAGGUUGCCAUAGACCUCUCCAACAAAGCAACGCUAGCCUUUCUGCAACGCCAUCUUGGUCUUGAGAAGAACUUUAAUCAGUGGGACCCUCUGAUCGAUGGACAGGAUGAUAACCUCAUCCAAGGAACUAAUAUAACUUUGCUUCAGUCUUCCAUCUGAACUGCCUCUGUACCUCAUAUACUGCAGUAAAAAAAACAAACAAAAAAAAACCUGAGACUACCUGGCCAUCAGCUGAACCAUCUCACCUUGUGUGUUUGGAGUAAGCGGAGUGGUCCCAAAAAUGUCAAGCCUGGCCUACUUGGCAUUUCAUGCAUUUUAUUUCAAAAUGGACUGAGGAAAACAUUUUGGAGUAGCAAUGGAGAGGAAAGCCGAUCUCUACCUCAUCAGCAGGAAAGAUUUGUUUUUCUGAAACACUUGUGUGUAGCAGUGUUUGUUUCAUGAGGCCUGAAUGUUGGGUACGAGCAGAUUAGCACUUAAUUUCACUGUUGGUGAAUUCUUAAGUAUUGCCAGCAAUUUCUUAGAGAAAUGCUUUUUAAUCAGUUUCAUAUUUGAGUGUAUAUAAAGCCAACUGAGAAAUUAUAGACUUCUAUGAAAACUACCAUCCAUCUCUUUGGAUAUAGGACCUUCCAGCAGAGGGAAGCUACUUUAUGUUUGCAGUGUGAUUAUGUGGUUAAGGCCUAUAUGAGAAUUGUAAGGGGUGGGUAUGGAUAAAAAAAGAUUUAAAACUCAUAUCAUCCUAGAUAAUAAAUCUAAAUAAUAAAGAUAUUGUAGGAAACUAGAUUCCUCCUGAUUCAACAAAAGACAGCUUCAAGGUAAUCAUUACAACAGCAUCAUUACAACGGUACAAACACUAAAAGGUGGCAUUUUUGUGCCUUAACUCACAGUACUGUUCAUCCUGGGUCAGUGACAUGUAUCAGCCUUCUACUUUUAUAUACUAUUACUGUCUGAUAUAUCUGCAUUUGUAUAUGAAUGAAAUCCAAUAAAUCUGGUUUGUAUACAAA